AUGUUUGGUCCAGCGGUAAAGCGGCGCAGGGCGUCCACGUCGGUGAAGCAGGAGCCCGCACAGGAUGCCGCCCCUCUCACAGCCAACAUCAAACAGCCGUUGGAUGGGCUAUGGCACGAUCUGUGUGUCCCUCCGGAGGAGCUGAGACCCGACAGUACCCUCACUGUCGGACAAUGCUUCAAUUGGCGCCAGGCUGGAGCUGACUGUUGGGUGGGCGUCCUAGGUCGCGAGGUCAUCGCCAUCAGGCAAACGCCGUGCACCACUCUCUUCCGCAGCCUUAGUGCCGUCACCACGGACGGAGACGCCAAGGUGGCUGCGGCGUUGGCCACCACGCUCCGGGAGUAUUUCUUCCUGAGAACACCCUUGGCCCCGCUGUAUCAAAGAUGGUCGGAGGGUGACCCCCGCAUGGCUGCCGUAGCUUGCAGCAUUUCCGGAGUACGAGUUGUAAGGCAAGAUCCCGUGGAGUGCAUCUUUAGCUUCAUAUGUUCUUCGAACAACAACAUUCCCAGAAUAACGGGUAUGCUUGGAAAGCUUCGAAGGACGUACGGCGACCUCCUUCUGAACGUCGGGAAGGGAGGCUUGGCGGCAACCGGAGCACUCGGGAAUAUCACAGAAUGCGAAGAGUGGGCGAAGCUGCCGCUGGAGCUGCAUUCGUUCCCGACGGUAGACGCUCUCGCUACGCGCGCAACAGAGGCUGAUCUAAGGGCGAUGGGAUUCGGGUAUCGCGCCAAGUACAUCGUAGACAGCGCUAAGCUUAUGCAUUCGAACGGCGGAGCUGGCUGGGCGUUGGAUAUGAGGAAUAAGGACAGGGACGAAGUUCGCAGCCAGCUGGUAACUCUUUGUGGGGUGGGUCCGAAGGUCGCGGAUUGCAUCGCGCUCUUCUCGCUGGAUCAGGCAUCAACCAUCCCCGUAGACGUCCACGUUUGGAGGAUCGCUUGCCGUGACUACGACCCGACUUUGGUGGAGUGCAAGUCCUUGACGCCAACCGUGUACGCUCGUGUCGGAAAUCUCUUCCGCGACCGUUUCGGAGAUCGUGCGGGCUGGGCCCACAGCCUUCUCUUUGCCGCGGAGCUACCGGGCUUCAAGGCAAAGCUUUCGCCAGAGAUGCAGCGACAGAUGGACGAGUUCAAACGCGAAGAGAGGGAAGCAAAGGCUGAGUCCAAGGCAGAGAAGGCGCGCCGGAAGGAGGACAUGUCUUCCAAGUCCACUUCAAAGGCACAGGCAAAGCAGUCCAAACGAGGGGUAGCCAUGCGCAAGCGUGGGCGAACUGCUCGGUGA